GAGAAGCGCUGGUCGGAGCGGGACAGAGGGGAGGCGGGAGGCUGGGGCUGGCCGGGCGCCCCCCCCGUUGCUGGCCGGGCGCCCCCCCCCCCCGUUGCUGGCCUGUCCGUCUGACUGGGGAGGCCCCUGGGCACGCUCGGGGCUGAGGCGGGCGAGCCCGGCGCUCCCCGGAACGCUCCCGCCAGGAGCUGGCAGUCGCAGCUAGCCGCUCGCCCCCGGCCUGAGGGAGGCUGCGCCGGGGGGCACAGGGAGGCGGGGUGCGUGGCGGGCGCCGCUGGAGGAGAUGUGGCUGGGGGCGGUGUCAGCCCCCAGCCCCCUGGAGCGGCAGCCAGUCCCUUCGCGCUGGCUGGCCCCGUGCUCCCUGUGCAGUACGGCGAGGCUCCAGCCUGCAGAGCCCGGGGCUGUCAACUGAGGGGAAAGCCAGCGAGGGAGGGGGCCCGGGAGCCACAGGCACAGAGAUCGGGAUCAAUGCAAUAAAAUGCACCUCCUGCAAGUGCCCCUUGGGAGGAAGCAGCCGCAGGCGGCGGCGGCAGCCGGGAAGUGAAAGGUCCGGCGAGUUCAGCUUGCCAUGCCCUGCACGGGAGCAGCAGGAGCCCGGCGGGUCCCCGCGGGGAAGUGAAAUGUUCCUAGCGAGGCACGCGGCUCCCCGGGGGCUGGAGGAGCCAGCAGCUGUCCCGCGAUGUCACUCCCCGGGGGAGACUCGGGGGCUGGAGCCUCCCUCCUGCCCUUAGCACUCCAGUGAGUGGCGAAUGAAUGACCCGCCGGGAAGGAUUUGCUCUGGAGAACCGUCUUCAUGUGCAGAAGAGAUUCCAGGCUCCUGGUCCUCCUCCUUGAUUCAUGCACUUUGACCAGGUGUUUGGCCAUGGAGAGCUGGGUCUGGCUCAUUGUACUUCUGGGCUGCUCUGCUGUAGGUGCAGGACUGAGCAGCGUUGUCGGAGUUGGGUCCCAUUGCGAAAGAGCGUGCAACCCUCGAAUGGGAAACCUAGCCCAUGGACGAAGAUUGUGGACAGAUACCACAUGUGGGCGCAACUCCACUGAGUUUUACUGUUCAUACAGUGAGUAUGCAGACCUGACAUGCAAGCAGCCCAAGUGUGACAAAUGCAAUGCUGCUCACGCCCAUCUGGCUCACCCGCCCUCUGCAAUGGCCGACUCUUCCUUCCGUUUGCCUCGCACAUGGUGGCAGUCAGCUGAGGACGUGCACAAGGAGAGGAUCCAGCUGGAUUUAGAAGCUGAGUUUUACUUUACUCACAUGAUCAUGGUGUUUAAGUCAGCAAGGCCAGCAGCCAUGGUUCUGGAGCGAUCCCAGGAUUUUGGGAAAACAUGGAAGCCUUACAAGUAUUUUUCCACUAACUGUUCAGCAACUUUUGGCGUAGAGGACGAUGUGACAAAGAAAGGAGCAAUUUGCACUUCAAGAUAUUCAAGUCCCUUUCCUUGCACUGGGGGAGAGGUUAUAUACCGAGCACUGUCACCACCGUAUUCGGCUGAGGAUCCGUACAGCGCUGAAGCUCAAGCACAACUGAAGAUCACCAAUCUUCGAGUGCAGCUGCUUAAGCGACAGGCCUGUCCCUGUCACGGCAAUGACCUGAAUGCAAAGCCUCAGCAUUUCAUACACUAUGCAAUCUACGAUCUUAUUGUAAAGGGAAGCUGCUUUUGUAAUGGCCACGCUGAUCACUGUGUACCUGUUGCUGGAUUUAUACCUGUCAAGGCGGCAGGAGUCUUCCAUGUGGUCCAUGGAAGAUGCAUGUGUAAGCACAAUACAGCAGGCCACCACUGUCAGCUCUGUGCUCCACUCUACAAUGACCAGCCCUGGCAAGCUGCAAAUGGCAAAACUGGAGCCCCAAAAGAAUGCCGAUCAUGUAAAUGUAAUGGGCAUGCUGACAUGUGUCAUUUUGACAUGGAUGCAUGGCUGGCCUCGGGGAAUCGCAGUGGUGGAGUCUGUGAUAAUUGUCAACACAACACUGAAGGGCAGCAUUGCCAACGUUGCAAGCCAGGCUUCUACCGAGAUCUCAGAAGGCCUUUCUCUGCCCCAGAUGCCUGCAAAUUGUGUUCCUGCCACCCAGUUGGAUCAGCCAUGCUUCCUUUCAGCACUAAUACCUUCUGUGACCCCAGCAACGGUGACUGCCCCUGCAAACCUGGAGUGGCAGGUCCUCAGUGUGACCGGUGUAUGGUGGGAUACUGGGGCUUUGGAGAGUAUGGCUGCAGACCGUGUGACUGUGCCAGAAGCUGUGACCCACUCACUGGUGACUGCAUCAGCAGUGCGGACGUAGUCUGGCAUCACGAAAUUUCUGAUUUCCGCUCUGUGUUUAACGAGAGCGAGGCAGCUUGGGGAUGGGAGGAUGAACAAGGAUUCUCUGCUCUCCGGCAUUCAGGUAAAUGUGAAUGCAAAGAACAAGUUUUAGGGAAUCCCAAGAUCUUCUGUGGAAUGAAAUACACAUAUGUGGUGAAAGCAAAGAUUUUAUCAGCCCAUGACAAAGGCUCUCAUGCAGAAGUAAACGUGAAGAUCAAGAAAGUAUUGAAAUCAACAAAGUUUAAGAUUCUGCGAGGAAAGCGAACUCUCUACCCGGAAUCCUGGACUAACAGAGGCUGCACUUGUCCAGUUCUUAAUCCUGGCUUGGAAUACCUUGUAGCAGGGCAUGAGGAAGUACGGACUGGGAGACUGAUAGUCAAUAUGAAAAGUUUUGUACACCAGUGGAAAUCAGCUCUUGGAAGAAAAGUCUUGGAGAUUUUAAAAAGAGACUGCAACUAGAAGUACACAAACAGGUAGGGCAUUUCUUUAUGCACAAAAUGCAAACUUCACAGACAGAAGACCACUGAAAUGAAAACUGGAAUGUAAGAAAAUAGUGCCCAAAUGUAUAGAGUGGUGUUCCGAUUCAUAGGCUCUGUCCAGUUUAAGCCUUCCUGGUCAAUGUUGAUGUACUCUCCUGGAUCUUCUUUCGAAGGGUGCGAAUAUGAGCCAAUGUUACAUUAAAAAAAAUGUACGAUCUGAUUCUCAUCUCUCAUACCCCAGUGUAAUUGUGGAGUAACUCCACUGAAGUCAGUGAAGUUACACCACUAUAAAAUUGGCAUAAAUGAGAGGAAAAUCAUGCCCAUAAACUAAAGAGGAUGGACAAAAAAUUGCUGCCAGUUACACCAGUGUAAAUCCUGACUAACUUCAGUGAAGUUGUGGGAGUUCCCUGUAUUUACACUGCUGUACUAUGACUGAGUGUAUGUCUUGACUGCAGUCAUUGGGAGUGAUUGCCGCUCAGGCCAAAGUAUGCAGCUAGCUUUAAUCCCCAUAGCUCAGAUCCUGGAGCAGUGAAGCUGCAGCAGCUCAUGCUUCAGCACAGGCUGUACAAACCUGUCUGCAACCCUGGAUUUGCAGGGCUAACGACACUGAAGCCUGCGCUGCCGUGGUGUCACUGCUCCAGUACUUGAGUUAGUGAGAUUAAAGCUAGCUUGGGUACAUCAGCUCAAGCUGUGGUCACAUCCCAUGAUUGCAGUACAGCCAGACCCUAAGAUCAGACUUUGGCCCACUAAUAACAGCUUUCUAUAGAACUGGAAAUAUUGUUUGUAUCAGUGGGAGAGCUCUGUUGGCAACAUGUCAUUUGCAAUUACUCUGUAAUAGCACAAGGUCUGAUGAGGAUGUGCCAUCAUCAAAAACAGUUGUGCAUGCUUUUAAAGGAAUGUGUAGGAUUUAACUUAGGGCCAAAUUGUUUUUUCACUUACACCAGUGUGAACCUUUUGAAGUCAAUGGAAUGACUCUGUGUUUACACCAGCAUAACUAAGAGCCGAAUCCAGCCCUUUGUCAGCAAUUUUGUUUUACUAAAGAGGUGCAGCGUAUGUGAAGUUUUGUCCACAAAGUGUUAAAACUGAUCCUAUCCAAAUGUAAAUAUUUCAUUGUAUAAAGCACUUUACUACCUGCCGCUUCAUGGUGUGGCAAGUUUAAUGUUGUUGGAGAGAAAAAAGGGGUGAAGGUGGCCUACAAACAACCUAUUGAAACAGAAGCACUCCAGAAGACCCCUAAAUGUGGACAACGUUAAUGGUAUAAAGGGAAUAGUCCUCUUUGUCUUGGCACUGACCGCUCAGAGAAUCCAAGGAUGCAAUCUGAAAGAUAAUGUACUUGCACUGAAGUCCCAAUUUCAGACCAGAGUUUGAACCCGAUGGGUAUAGACUAUAAUGAGACUUCACAAACAGCAUAGAGAACAAGAGACUAAGAAGCAAGAAUGCAAUUGCCAGAGGAUAAGAACUCUGCCUGUGGACAAAGAGAUGGACUUUUUAAGUGAAAAGGACUCUGUUUCACAUAUCACAGCCCCGUAAUUCAUGGCGGACCUAAAGCUUAUUUUAUUUUCGAUGUUAGUAUUUAAAACUGAACAUUACAUUUGUUUCCCCCUGUGUUUUUAUUUACAGUAUAUAUGACUAUUUGCCAUUUUAACACCAAUUUAUGGGACAUAUCACAGUUAUUGCCAUUUCCAACACUAGAUUAUACCUUUUCUGUAACCCAUCUUUAAACUUCAGUACAUAAAGUGUAUUCUGUUUAUGAGCAUGAGGGGGGAAAAGAGGAGAAACUGCAAUGCCAUAAAAAAUUCAAGUCUGUCAAUCUGCUUCACAAAUGUAUUUCUCUUUCAGGGUCGUGUUGACUCACAAAAAUGAUACUAUUUUGGUAAUUUGUUUUUAUAUCUCAUGUAUGUAAUAAAUAUGAUAUGGUUUCAAA